UAUAGAAUAAUUAAAUAUCGGCCUCUGGGGUGUCGCGAACGCCCGCAACCUAAGCUACAUUUGACAGCUGCCUUGUUGUCAUUUAAUUUUUGUGCCAGCAUCAAUAAAUACUAAAUUUGUAUCCUGCUUUAGGAAAAAAAACCGGAGAGUGAUUCUGAAUGUAGUCAUAGUUUAAAAUUGACUGAUUGGGAAAUACCGUUGAAAUUUCAUGACGUAAAUCUACAUAAAUCUUGAAUCAUGAUUCAUAGCCUGUUCAUUAUCAAUUCCUCAGGGGAUGUGUUUAUGGAGAAACACUGGAAGAGUGUUAUUCCACGCUCAAUAUGUGAUUACUUCUUUGAUGCCCAGAGGAAAGCUAACAGCAAUGAAGAUAUUCCACCUGUGAUCACAACCCCUCAUCACUACCUUAUAUCAGUGUUGCGAAGCAACUUGUUUUUCAUUGCAGUUUGUAUGACUGAAGUUCCUCCUCUCUUUGUUAUCGAGUUUCUUCACCGUGUAGUGGACACCUUUGAGGAUUAUUUUGGUGAAUGCACGGAAUCCAUCAUCAAAGAGCACUAUGUUGUUGUGUAUGAGUUACUGGAUGAGAUGCUAGAUAAUGGUUUCCCAUUAGCCACUGAAAGCAAUAUAUUGAAGGAACUGAUUAAACCUCCCAACAUUUUAAGGACCAUAGCAAACACUGUGACAGGAAAAUCUAAUGUCAGUGCCACCCUCCCCACGGGUCAACUGAGUAACGUACCAUGGCGGCGAUCAGGGGUCAAGUAUACAAAUAAUGAAGCUUACUUUGAUGUAACGGAAGAAGUAGAUGCCAUCAUUGAUAAAUCUGGUGUCACAGUAGCUGCUGAAAUCCAGGGAUAUAUUGAUUGCUGUAUCAAGCUAAGUGGCAUGCCUGACCUCACCUUGACAUUUGUCAACCCGCGGCUGUUUGAUGACGUUUCAUUCCACCCUUGUGUUAGGCUGAAGCGAUGGGAGUCCGAGCGAGUUCUGUCAUUCAUUCCCCCUGAUGGAAACUCCAGGCUUUUGUCUUACCACAUUGGAUCCCAGUCCGUUGUUGCCAUUCCAGUCUACAUCAGGCAUAAUAUUUCAUUUAGAGACGUGGGGGGAGGACGACUAGACAUCACUGUAGGGCCCAAACAAACAAUGGGUCGAGUAGUUGAAGGUGUUAUAUUAGAAGUUCCUAUGCCGAAAUGCGUAUUAAACUGCAAUUUGACUGUGAACCAGGGAAAAUAUACCUUUGACCCAGUGUCCAAGGUGUUACGGUGGGAUUUAGGUCGCAUUGAUCCAACUAAACUCCCUAACAUUCGGGGAAAUAUUAGUAUACAGAGUGGAUCCCCUCCUCCUGAAAGCAACCCACCAAUAAAUGUACAGUUUACAAUCACACAGCUUGCGGUAUCAGGUUUAAAAGUCAAUCGCUUAGACAUUUAUGGAGAGAAGUACAAACCUUUCAAGGGAGUUAAGUAUAUUACCAAAGCUGGCCGCUUCCAGGUGCGAACUUGAGGUAUCUGUUGAGUAAUAGAGUCCUUUAAGAUUUUACUUCAAAUUAUUUUCAUAACUUAGGAGGAAGAAUUGCUAGGAUACUCAAAGGUGCAGCAUCAUCAUACACAUGACAGUGUCACAUUAAUGCUAAAUUUGUAUUGUUUGUGAAUUUUUCCUUUGUAUGUGUGCCUUAAUUUGUCAUUCAAGUAUUGUGCUGUUAUUUAUAAGGUGAAUAGCUAGUAGAGUAUAAAUAGCAAAACACCAUUACCAAAAAGGAACACUAUUUUGUCUUUUUUAUUAUAUUAAAGAUGAUUAUGUAUAGCAUAAUAUUUUUCCCAAAAACUGCAAUGUUCACAUUCCUGAACCUAGUGUGGUUUUGCAGAAUUACGUAUUUGUUUAAUUCAUAAGGCAUUCAUUAUAGUUCCCAUGAUAUACAGAUAUAUUUAUGUAUAAAAUAUCAGUUUGGGAAAUGUAGUUACAUUUCAAAGAUUUAGGGGAAAUUUGUUUCAGUUUAAUUGUUUUAGUGUAACUUGGCAGAUUUAUUAUUUAUUCCAGGAAGUGUUUUGGACACUUAUAGGGAAUUACUGUUUAAAUUAAAUUUACUGAAUACUGAUUAUUAUAAUUGUCCAGUAACCCAACUACCCAUCAUUAGGCAAUGACUAAAAAAUCCUCCUGUUCAUAAAUCUUUGCAACCUUGAACAACUGGAAGUCACUUGCUUGUGGUCUCCUAUAAUAUUGUUGCUGAGGUAUGAUAUAUUUUGUAAUGAGAGAAUUAUCAUAUACAAAAAGUUGUGUGCAAAAACUCAACUGCCUUCCCAGUUAGUAAGCCCUACGAUUCAUUGUUAGGAAGAGUUUUUGGAAGUGGGAGAUGAUAGUUGAGAAAAGCGGGAGAGAAUUUAUGAAAAGCAAAUUGAUUGUAAAAAGUCAGCUGAAAAAAUUUGAUCAUGAAAAUGGGAACAAGGGAUAGAAUAUAUUAACACAGUGGAUUAGCAUUGAGGAAUUGUUAGGAAUCAGCUUCAGCUAUUAUGUAAAAAAAUGGAUUAUAAAAGUUAAUCUAGUUGUGUAGGACACUUUGCUAACAGGUAUAUUUACCAAACCCUGUCAGAGCGCCUCAGUGGCAAGUGGCAUGGUUGAUAUGGUGUUUGCGUUCCAGAGGUCGCGGGUUCGAUUCUCGGCCAUUCCAUUGAGGAGUGAGAGAUGUGAAUUUCUGGUGACAGAAGUUCACUCUCGACGUGGUUCGGAAGUCACGUAAAGCCGUUGGUCCCGUUGCUGAAUAACCACUGGUUCCAUGCAACGUAAAGCACCAUACAAACAAACAAACAAACCCUGUCAUGAUGAUAGAAAUGUUUGUAGUUAUACAGAAUACUAUUAAGUGGCCAAGAUGUCUGAGGGGGUAAACGUCAAUGAAUUCUUUAUUUGCCAAAUUCUGUAUGUGACAUAUUUUGAAAAGGAAAUUUUUGUUGAUGAAUUAUGCUUGUGAAAACUCCAUGGUCCUAAUUACAUUUUUAUUUAAUUUUAAUUUCUUAAAUGUUUAACUUCUUUAACUGCUUCCGUUUUCCUAAAAUGCAAGAAUAAAUAAUUUUGGCAGACCUUGGGACUCAGUUGUCUCCUUAAUAGACUUUAUAUGAUAAUAAUGAUGACAGUAACAAGGUUCUAACCUAAGAAUCACUGCUUGUUAGCUUAAACUGUGUAUAAUAUCAUCAGAAAACCCUGGCUUAAUGUUCAUUUUGCUGAAACUUAAUUUGUUGGUCUUGAAUCCCCAUCUUUUAAGAUUACUGAGAGUAAAUUUGGUGUAGAUAUGACCUCCCCCUGGUAUAAUUUUGCAGAAAAGAUGGGUAGUUGGUAUUAUUAGGAUACUUUAGAUUAUAAAAUAGAAUUUUUUGUGUGCAGCAGUCAAGUCGAUGCUUCAUUUUUAUUAAGUUUCAGAAUUUAGAUAACUGAUCUUUUUCAAAGAUCAGGCAACUAAUGAUGAUUGGUUGUUCUAAAAUGUUUGUGAUUUGCUUUGCAUUAAGGUUUUUCCUAUGAAAACUGUCAAAUUUUUUGCUUCUGACAUUAAAUAUUGUGCUUAAAUAUGCUUUCUUAACUAUUUUGCUUCACUGGUACAGUUGUUAAAAUCUAUUAAUAUUCUUUACUCAACGUUGAACAGCAUUACCUUUAUAGAAAAAGUAUUAGUUCCAUGAUAGUAUUCCUAAUACUAACAUCUCAAAAUGAUGAUUUUCUAUCUUGUACAUUAUUUCUUUUUAAUUGUACCUUUAAGAUAGUAUAUGUUUAUGUGAAGCUUCAUGUGUUGAACCUUCUCUGCAAAUCAUUAAGUUACAAUUCUUUUAGAAUAUUGACUUCAGUAUUUGGAUAUCAGCAAGUUAGCGCUUGAUACAUGGAACACUAUUCCACUUGUAUGUUUUAUACAUUACUAAUUUUUUCAGAAAAUAGCAUCUUAUUGCAGUUGACUGCUAUGUGAAAAGUUUAAGUUGACCAUUUUGAUGAGGUAAGCAUUGUUAAAUAAACCUAGAUAUUACAAACACAGCGUAAAUAACUGAUAGAACUCUCUUUAUUCCCUGUGUGUUACUUUCUUACUUGUUACUUACAUUUGCUACUUGUCAAAGCCAUUAUGAAGCCAUGCUGUCAUGAAAUAUGCUUUGUAUGCACCCAACCUCAGGUUUUUAUAAUCAGGUUGAAUUUAUUGUUAUGUAGAUAAAAUUUUAUUUGCAGAAAUAACUUGGUUUUCUCAUGGUUGUUUUGCUUAAUCAUUUUUAAUUCUUUGCUUGUCCAUAUAAUAUUUGCUUGUAUCAUUUUGCUGGAAAAUGCUAUAGUGUAACUUUAAAAUGAAUAAUCUUAAAUUCAAGCUUUUUGGUUUUACUUUUCUUUUUUUAUUGUUUUUAACCUAAAUGUUAUUACUUUGCAAAAUUCAGUUUCAUCCAAAGACAGGUGUUGGAACCUGAAUGAUCGUUUAGGCCAAUAAUUUCAUCUUAAGCAAUCCUCUUCAUGGGUAACGGUUAUAAAGGGAAACAUUCCAUAUCUGAGAAUUUGUUGCAGAAAGCUUAAAUGAUAAGAAUUUGUUGCCAAAAGCUUAAAUGACUUAUUUCCUUGUAUAAUAUUCCUGGGAAAGAGAGUGGAGUUACACCUAACAAUUCUUGACAAAAUCUCAUUCAAAUGCAUAUGUUGAUACUCAGAAGCACAAGAAAAACAUGAUAAUCCCAUUGUAGCAAAGGAAAUAUAUUCCUAUGAGUGUAAAUAGUGAGGUAUGUUGUGGUCAAGAAUCUCAGCUGUUGGUAUUUUGCAUAUGUUUGGUUUAUAUUGAAUAAAGAGUUUAAUGGAGCCAGUAA